GACUGCUGUGAGAUCAUUUUUCCUUUUCCUUCGUGCAAGCUCAGCUGCUGCGUCAGUAGCAGUCCUGUGUGCCAACAGCAUGAGGUGGUAAGGCAGAGUAGUCGGGGAACCCGGAGCAGGAUCUGCCUCCGCCGUCGCCGCCAUGCCACUCCAAGACCUGGAGACACUUUGAAACAGGGCCCUUGUUCCAACCCAGGGAUCUUCUGUCUACUGGUGAUUGUUGUGCCAACCCACGGGAAGAAGGACCAUGACUUCAGUUCUCUACAGUGUCCGCCUUCAGCUGGAUGAGAACCUGGAGCAGAUGCAACAGGGGACAAUGAUGCGCAAGGUGAAGUCCAAGAACUGGAAGAAACCCCGGUACUUCAUGCUGCAAGAUGACUGCAUGACUGUCUGGUACAAAUCCAAGAUGUCUGGCAAAGCCAAGUCUGCCUUCUCAGUGAGUGAUGUGGAGACUGUGCGUGAGGGACACCAGUCGGAGGUUCUGCAAAGUCUAGCGGAGGAGUUCCCAGCCGAAUGCUGCUUCACGGUCGUCUUCCACGGGCGCCGUAACAAUCUAGACCUAAUUGCCAGCUCAGCGGAGGAAGCUCAGUGCUGGAUCCAAGGCCUGCGGCGCCUUGUGGAGAUUGUCACUAACAUGGACCAGAAGGAGAAGAUGGAUCAAUGGAUCUGUGACUGGUUCAUGAAAGCUGAUAAGGACAAGGAUGGACGUAUGAAUUUCAAGGAGGUGCAGCACUUGCUCAGGAUGAUGAACGUAGCUAUGAAUGAAGACCAUGCCUUCCGGCUCUUCCAAAUGGCCGACAAAUCAGAGACAGGUACACUGGAGGGGGAGGAGUUUGUGCUCUUCUACAAAGCACUGACUCAGCGGGAUGAGGUGCUCGAGUUGUUCCAGGAGUACUCCGAGGAUGGCAAAAAGCUGACACUGUUGGAGUUUGUGGACUUCUUGCAACAGGAGCAGAUGGAGGGGGCUGGCAUUGAUGAGCUCGCCAUGGAGAUGAUUGACAGAUAUGAGCCGUCUGAGACAGCCAAGGCUCGCCACAUCCUGAGCAUUGAUGGGUUCCUCGUGUACCUCUGCUCCCCCGAUGGCUCCAUCUUCAACCCUGAGCACAGGACGGUCUUUCAGGAUAUGUCUCAGCCGCUCUGCCAUUACUUUAUCUCCUCCUCCCACAACACAUACCUGAUGGAGGACCAGCUGAGAGGACAAAGCAGCGUGGAGGGAUAUAUCAGGGCUCUGAAGCGGGGCUGCCGGUGCCUAGAGGUGGACUGUUGGGACGGACCUAAUGGGGAGCCCAUUGUCUACCAUGGCCAUACCUUUACCUCUAAGAUCCCUUUCCGGGAAGUUGUGACAACCCUCGAUAAAUAUGCCUUCCGGGCUUCUAAAUACCCCAUUAUCCUGUCUCUUGAGAAUCACUGCAGCAUAGAGCAGCAGGACAUCAUGGCCCAGCAGCUGAAGGGGAUUCUGGGAGAGCAGCUCCUCACCACCACCAUUGAUGGACGCGUCCCAGUGCAGUUGCCUUCACCAGAGGAACUGAAGGGCAAGAUCAUCCUGAAAGGGAAGAAGAUUGGACACCUGGAGGAUUAUUUGAAUGGGCAUCUGGAUGAGCCGCCUGAGCGGGAAGAGGAGGAGGAGGAGGAAGAGGGACCAGAGGCAGAGGAAGAAGUCCUGCGCAAUGAAGACAAGAAGAAAGAGAAGAAGGCCAAACAGUCCCUCUCCCAGGAGCUUUCUGACUGCAUUGUCUACUGCAAGAGCGUGCCCUUUCACAGCUUCCAGCACUCCCGCAGCCACUACAAGUCUUACGAGAUGUCCUCCUUUGCUGAAUCCAAGGCCCGCAAGCUCAUCCGAGAGGCUGGAAAUGACUUCAUCCGCCAUAAUGCCUGGCAGCUGACACGCAUCUUCCCCAGCGGUCUGCGGACGGACUCCUCCAAUUACAACCCCCAGGCGAUGUGGAAUGUGGGGUGCCAGCUGGUGGCCUUGAAUUUUCAAACGGCUGGUACAGAGAUGGACUUGUGCGAUGGGCUCUUCAGUAAAAAUGGCCGCUGUGGCUACGUGUUAAAGCCGAGCUUCAUGAAAGACCCAGAGACAGCCUUCAGUCCUGAGAACCCCCAAAGCAGGGAGAAUGGUAGCCCCCUGAACAUAGCCAUUAAGAUCAUUAGUGGGCAGCAACUCCCCAAGAUGCCCAACAGCAAAGAAGGCUCCAUCAUCGAUCCACUAGUGCGAGUGGAGAUUCAUGGGAUCCCUGCUGAUAGUGCCAAGCAGGAGACCAAAUAUAUUGAUGAUAACGGUUUUAACCCACAAUGGAAUGAGGCCUUUCAGUUCCAGGUUCGGGUACCAGAGCUGGCACUUCUGCGCUUUGUGGUGGAGGAUUAUGACAAGGCAUCUCGGAAUGACUUUGUGGGACAGUACACUCUACCUCUUACUAGUGUCAAAGCAGGAUACCGCCACAUCCACCUUCUUUCCAAGGAUGGGACGGGGAUCCCACCAGCCUCCCUAUUUGUCCAUAUCCGAAUCAGGGAGUUGUCAACAGAGAGUGACUAAAGCAACUGUGUCUCCAAAUACAGCUCUUCCCUCUCUGCCCCAUUUAGG